AUGUGUGACUGGGACAGCCUCAGAAUAACCAAAGGGUGGGCGCUGCUCUUCCCCCGGCUGUGCCAGGGCACGGCCCGAGCACGGGGUGCCCUCUCUCCUCCGUGCGGCCCGGCUGGUUCCCCGGGUUCCUGGGAAGGGGAAGUGCUGCCCGCACCUCGGCAGCUCAGCAAACAGGUCCCGCCUUCGCCCGGGCUCGUUACGAGGCAGCACCCGGCCCUGGCCAUGGCUGUGAACGAGACCUGUGACUAUUUUUCGACGAACAGAGUACUGGAAAAGUAUUAUCUCACCACCCUGUACAGCCUUGAGUUCAUUAUAGGUGCCAUUGGGAACACCAUUGUGGUGUUUGGCUAUGUUUUCUGCCUGAAAAAAUGGAAAAGCGGCAACAUCUACCUGUUCAAUUUAUCCAUAUCAGAUUUGCUAUUUCUGUGCACUCUGCCAAUACUGGUGAACAGCUACUCCAAAGAUCAGUGGGCAAAGGAGAGCAUCCUGUGCCACAGCAACAGGUUCCUGCUGCAUGCCAACCUGUACAGCAGCAUCUUCUUCCUCACCGUUAUCAGCGCUGACCGCUACAUGCUCAUGAAGCACCCCUUCAGGGACCACAUCCUACAGAAGAGGAGAACUGCUGUUAUGGUGUCCGUUGCCAUAUGGAUUGGGGUGAUCCUGGAGCUGCUGCCACUGUUGUAUUUCCUGGAGCCUCUAACAGCUGCCAAUAACUACAAGUGUCUUGAUUACGCGAGCUCUGGAGACCCCGAGAAAAACCUGGUCUACAGCAUGCUCCUGACUGUCUUUGGCUUCCUCAUCCCUCUCUUGACCAUGUGCUGCUUCUACGUGAAGAUGGUUCGUUUUCUUCGAAACAGGAGCGAGCAGAUCCGCUCUGCCCUGACCCUGGAGAAGCCCCUGACGCUGGUGAUCCUCACCGUGGUGAUCUUCUCCCUGCUCUUUACCCCCUACCACGUCAUGCGCAACGUCCGCAUCGCGUCCCGAAUCCCGGCCUUGAACGCCUCCGAGUGCACGCAGGGCAUCAUCAGCACCAUUUACAUCAUCACCAGACCCUUCGCCUUUCUAAACAGCGCCAUUAAUCCCGUGUUUUAUUUCCUGAUGGGUGACCACUUCAGAGAGAUGCUGAUGGCCAAAACAAGGCAGCUCCUGGGCAGGCUGACAAGCACUGGGAAGUGAAUGGGUAAGCAGACCCCUUGUAGUGGGAGAGGUCUGGGAGGAAACUCUCUCAGGGAGGGCAUUCAGCAAUGUGCCAUUUUUUUAGAUAACUUUAUUUAUGCAAUAGAAUAGGUAUGAGCUGAUUGUGUUCCUCUAAAUGCACCUGUUACCUUAUUGUACAGACGACUUGUGCUGAGCUGCCUCCAGCAAACCAGGAGGGCUGCUCUGCUCGCCCCCAGCAGGACAGCAGUGGGAUACCCUACAGCCCAUUAAUACUGUCAUCAAAAGGCCAUCAAGUGAGCUGUCUGAGGGAAAACACGCUGCUCUCAGACAGCUGCUUUGUGAGCCGUAAGGUGGGCCGGGGCUGGGACAAAACGUGCCUUCGUGCGUCACCAGGACAGCCAGGCAGCUCACAUGGGCACUCACACAGCCAUUUAUCAGGGUAUGGAGCUACCUGUCUGCAACAGAACUGUCUGUAAGUGCCCGUGGAAUCUAUAGCCUGAAGCAGAAUUUAGACCUCAGAGUUCAAACUUCAUUAGCAGUUCUACUAAUGAGCCAGGAGCUAAUGAGGCGCCAGUCCCUGCCUGAUCCCCGCAGGAUCGAUCAGCAGCACAAGCUACUCUCCAAUGACUGACCUGACUUCAGACAGA